AACAAAAACAUAUCAAUGCCACCCCAAUCAGAGUUAAGUUUGAAUGAACUUAAUAUAAUAGAAAUGGAACCCGUUAAUGUGCCUCAUUUGAUGGAAGAAAUAUCUCAAAAUAUGUCUGAUGAAA